AUGUCAUUUUUGACGAGUAUUCUUCGUUGUUUUUGCUUGAGUUUCGUCGUUAGUCGUGGUUCUUGGAAUCCGAACGGUUUACAUCCCUCCCAAAAUCGUAAACAAAUGUUGAACGGCAAACUCCCGAUAAAAAAAUCGAAAAAAGAAGAAGACGCGUUAAAAAAACCGGAAUGGUUGAAAGAAUGGACUAUUAGCAAAGGUUGGGUGCAUAAUAAAAGCCAUUUAUUGGAGUUAGGAAAAGCACGAAACUACGAAGAAUUAUCAGAAGCAGAUUCAGUUUCUAUGGAAAAUAUCGACGAACUUCUUUCUGUAGACAGUGACGCGAAUACCGUCGAAAUUACAAAACAAAAUUAUGACCUUGAAAUGUCACAGAUGUUUAAAGAGGUUAACAGAAAUUAUAGAGAACAUUUCCCAAUAUGCGAUCACGUUUCCGAUGAAAAUAAAGAGUUGAGUCUUCCUCAGAUUUAUAAAGAAAGAUUAUUGAUGGAUAGAAGAAGGUGCAGUUUGAUAUCUGAUAUAUGGAAAUACGUAAAGCCUGGCCAAAAAAAGAAAUUGCGAUUAAACAAUUGUAAAUUUACUGUGAACCCUGUAUACGAUGAUAAACAAACUCAUUCGCGUAUAAUAAACAAUCAAAAGUACACAAAAAAAACUAGUCUAGGAAGGAACAUAACCUUAUCUAAUACUUUGAACGCUAGAACUAAUUUACACGAAGAUAUUAUCUAUGAAUGUUCAGAAGAAAAUUAUAAUUCGUUGAAUAAUAUUUAUUUCAACCCAGUUUAUUCUCCAUUACCUUCAACGAGACUUGAAAAUAUAGUUUCCAAUAAUCAAUUGAGGUUAUGUAACAGAUCAUCUGGUGAAAAUCAAAUGAAACUUAGUGCGAAAACGGAAAAAUAUGUCAUAAGGCACAUUAAAAUAAGGAUAAUGUUGUCGUUGAGAGUCGGAAAAUUUCAGAAAAUUAACAAAAAACGUAACAAUUUUUCUUUUAUGAAAAAAAGUGUGAAAAAAGACGAUAAUGUGAAUGCAAUGAGGGUUGCUAGGAUUCACGACGAGCAAAGGAGAAUCGGGAAUGGUAGGACAUCGGUUAAAAUUCAAAAUAUGAGAUACGGUAGAUUGAACGUUUUACGCUGGCUACUUUGGGAAGCGGAAUCCCGCGAAGAAAUGCCGGCUUUGGAGAAAGUUGCGGCCAAUAAUACAACAUUGGCGUUGCAUUAUGCGGCGGCUAGGGGAUGCCUAGAUUGCGUGAGAUUAUUAGUUGAUUCGUCACCGGAAUUAAGCGCAAAUACCCAAAUGGACAACGAUGUAACUCCUGUCUAUCUAGCAGCCCAAGAAGGUCAUUUGGAGGUUUUGAAAUUUUUGGUAUUGGAAGCGGGAGGGUCCCUCUACGUUAGAGCGAAAGAUGGUAUGGCUCCCAUACAUGCAGCUAGUCAAAUGGGGUGUUUGAAUUGCGUAAAGUGGAUGAUUCAAGAUCAAAACGUCGAUCCUAAUUUGAGGGACGGCGACGGCGCUACUCCUUUACAUUUCGCCGCCUCCAGAGGACACUUGGACACCGUGCGCUGGCUACUCAAACACGGCGCUAAAUUAUCGUUGGACAAAUUUGGAAAAAGUCCGAUUAACGACGCUGCUGAGAACCAACAAGUCGAGUGUUUGAACGUGUUGGUGCAGCAUGGAACAGCGCCGGAUUAUCACAAUUCCAUAGAGAAAAGCUCGAUUGGUAAAGGAUGUUCUUGUACGAGAAAAGGCGAUAAAUUGAGACGAGGAAACAGUGUGGCCAGUGACUGUUCGAAUUGUAAACCAAAAUCCAACGCCGCCAAACACAGCAACUCGGAACCGUUUUAUCUACACCCUCCAUUGAGCGACAGAUCUAUCGAACCAGCUCAUGCUCCAGAAAACGGUCUUUACAUCAACCCCAUGAGCAAGCACAGACACAGCGCAUCCAGCAGCUCCGAAAGCAGCGCGAGCGGAGAAUCUUUCUAUCUGCACAAUCCCCAGGAAGUCAUAUACAAUCGAGUGAAGGAUCUAUUCGAAACGACUCAGAGACAACAAGGUAUUUCUGCUUUGACUGUGAAAGUGGAGGUUCAUUCCAGCAGCAGCGGCGCCGGAUCGGACGAGAAUUUAAGUUCGUCCGAUCUCUCCGAACGAUCCGGCGACAACGAACACGACUACGAAGACAUCUACACGAUCAGAGAGGAAACUAAAGAGACAAACAAAACCAGAUCGAGAUCCAGAGAUUCGGGAUCGCACAGCAGAUCCGCGUCAUUGACUUCUUCGCAUUCCGGAGGACUCGUAGUACUCGCCGCGGACAAAAAUAAUAACGACGAAGAUAAAACAGAAAUACCCGAAGAAGAACCGGAAAAAACGAAACUCGCCCAACGACAUUCCCUUCCGACGAAAUCCGACAACGGUAAAAUCUUGAAGAGGGUCACUUCGGUUCCUCUGGAAGCUCGUCCGCCGCCUCCGCCGCCGCCUCCGCCGAAGGCUUCGCGCCCCGAAACCGAAGAUGAACCGAGAGGAGCCGAAAUCGUCGAAAUUAUCGAAGAACCGACUUUGAAACCGUCCGAUAUUUUGAAGGGGAUGUGCAGAAGUAUGUCAGCUCUAUCCGCUAGACGUUUGAAUUCGUCCUGUUCGGAUCUCACGAUCGUCAGUCUAGAUGGAGACGAAGCCGACAAACACGCUCCGAAUCUAGUGAACAAACAGAGGGUGUUGCCUUUCGUCCCCCCAUCGUUUCCGGGUUCAUCUAAUUCCAACAAUUUAAUCAAACCGUCCGAGUAUUUGAAAAGCAUCUGCGAUAAAAGAUCAUCGUCGAGCCGCUCGAUGAGAAGCUUGUCGGAAAGCGAAGACGCCGAAUGUUCCAAGUUCGAAGAUAAGAAGGAUACGAAUAGAAGCGCCGGGCCUCCUCCGCCUCCUUUGCCGGAUCUGCAGCCCAGAGAGGAGGCGAAUGCCGAAAUGGUUAAGAAGCAGAAUCAACCUCUGUCGGCGAUCAGUAUCCAGGAUCUCAAUUCGGUUCAAUUGAGGCGGACCGAAAAGGUGGCGGCCUCGAAAACGUUUUCAGCUCCGACGAGAAGCGUGAGUUUGCAAUGUCUUCAGAGCGAACCGUUUUUGGCGCAGAAAACUGAUCUGAUCGCCGAAUUGAAAAUGUCCAAGGACAUAACGGGGAUUAAAAAGAUGAAAAUCGAGAAAGCUAAAUGCGAGGAGAGCAAAGAAAAGGAAAUAUUUUCGGAGAUUACAAGGCAAUUGACGACCACCAAGUUUGUCGAAAAGGUACCAGAAAAAGACAACACGGGAAAUAUAAUACCGGAGUGGAAACGACAAAUGCUGGCAAAAAAAGCUGCCGAAAAGGCUAGGAAAGAAUUAGAAGAAAAAUUGCUGAGAGACGCCGAAGAGAAACGAUUAAGAGCCAUACCGCAAUGGAAACGGCAAUUAUUACAAAAAAAAGAAGAAGCCGAAUCUAAAAUGCGAUCGACCCUGUAUACUCCGAAAGUAGUAGACGAAUCAAGGAUAUCGAAAAAAUUAGAUUUAGAUAAUAAUAACACGACGUCAAACGAUAGAACUACAGAAGAUAACGGUUACGACGAUGUUAAUAACGACGAAAGCAUCAAAUUCGAAAACGAAAAUAACGAAACGGAAGAACAGUCAGAAGAAGACACUCCUAAUAUCAUCCCUUGGAGGGCGCAUCUGAGGAAAACUAACAGCAAAUUGAAUCUGUUGGAGUGA